CGAGUACCGACAGGACCGACGAAACCCAGCACCAUGCCUUCGUCGAGUGAACAAUCGGCAUAUUUUGUCACUGGUGCUCUCGCCGGCCUGGCCGCUCUCCCAAUCGAGCUCGGUCCCUCAGCUAGGCUUCUCCCGGUCCUCAAAAGCCACCUUGCCAUACAAGUGCCGCGGGCGGGCUUCCGUUUCUGGGUAUUCGACCUCUCCAAAUCCCAGCUUUCUUCACAGCUCCCUGGGACAGGCCUCCUCCGGACUACUCUUGUGGGAGCAUUGUCUGGAUUCUCUGGUGGGCUGGCCGAGGUGACUUACCAGUCACUUGUUUUCAGGCGUCACCUUCCUGAGUUUGCGGCACUAGCCAGCCAAUCUGGCAAAUUGUUCUUCUGUUUUGGCACCUAUACGUUUCUAUCAACUUCAUUAAGUGAGGAACUACCGCCACGGCCGUUCUGGUAUUGCUGGGUCAUGGGUGCGGUUGCGGGGGCGGUCGGUAGCGGUGUUUUGGCUGCGGUGGAGGGUGCCAGGGGAUCUGUCCUCGCAAAGUUGACAGGGAAGGGCGCACUUAGCAUUGGAACUGUCAUUGCAGUACAGGUAACGACAUGUGCCAAAACUUUAAUGCCUGCCAAAGCCUGAACACAAGCAUCCACCCAAGAAAGGUACAGCUCGCGAGAUUCAAACAAUGCUAAAAAGGCUUAGUUUGUCGGUUAGAUAUUUCCACCAAUCAAAACUCUUAGAUGCCGGG